AAGUGAAGAAGGCAAAAUAUGCGCGUCUCUGUCUGGCUUUCACUUUCUAUUUGUGCAUUACAGCUUUAGACAAAGAGAUAGAAAGAGAAAAUGGAGAGUGCGAAGAAAGCAGUUGCCGGACCUUCUUGUGGAAUUCCCCCAAACGGUGACGGUGGUGGCUAUGGCAGUGAAGCAGAGCAUGAGAAAGAUAGAGCUGAAAUUGCUGCAAAAGCAGGGGAGAAUCGUGAGGACGAACUUGAUGAUGAUGAACAUGCAUGUAUUGGGACUACAUUUGAUGAAUUCGUUCCUAGUCCUCUCAUUCCUCUCAAAGCCGCGCUUGAAAAAGACAAGGAUGAUGAAAGUUUAAGGAGGUGGAAAGAAAAGCUGCUUGGCCGAGUAGAAAGUGAUUUAACUGAGCAAAUGGAGCCUGAAGUUACAUUCCUCACCAUAGGAAUCAUUUCUGAUGAACUUGGGGAAAUUAACACACCCUUGCCUGUAGACGAGACUAAAAGUAGAGAUGUUCUAUUUGCUCUAAGAGAGAACUCCGAAUACCAGCUUAAGCUGACAUUCACUGUUGGCCACAACAUUGUCUCUGGCCUUGCUUACACUAACACUGUGUGGAGGUAUGGAGUCCAAGUGGAUGAGAGCAAAGGAAUGCUGGGUACUUUUGCUCCCCAGCGCGAACCAUAUGCAUACACACUUGAAGCAGAAACCACUCCAUCUGGCGUUCUUGCUAGAGGAAUCUACUCGGCAAAACUUAAGUUCGAAGACGACGACAAGAGAUGUCACAUGGAGCUGAAAUAUUGCUUUGAAAUAAGAACAUAACAUAAGGUUAGCCAAUUCUUUUCCUGAAAAUCAUGUUUGUUUGUUUGCGUGUUGUAGUGUUGUAUUUUCCUUGUGCUUGUUCCGAAUUUAGAACAUCUUCAUCCUUUAGAUGCGCUAAGGGAUUGUGUAAUAUUCUUGUACUUGGGGAAAUUUAUGAAGAAUAUAGUGUUCAAUCAAUUAAUCUGCCUUGUAUAGUCUA